GCAUACUUCUUUAAAAUAUUUUAAAUAAUAACCGAUAAAAAAAAAUUAAAUUCUAAAAAAAAAUGUAUCAAGCUAUUAUCUUAGGAUUCAUUCUAAUAAUAACGCUUUACGUUCUAAAGCGUAUGCGUGAACCAAAAUUGAAUAUGCCGCCACUCAUUCGUUAUAAAUUUCCGAUUAUUGGUCAUACUUAUAGUUAUUUGUAUAAUACUGAAGAAUUCCUUAAACAAUGUAGAAAAGAGUACGGAGAUAUCUUUUGUCUUUAUAUAUGGGGUCAAGUGAGAAUAAUUGUUGGAAAAGAACAUUCGCAAGAAGUAUUAUCAAGAGAUGAUGUAUUUGAUUUUUCAAAAGCAAUUGAAAGAAUAUUUCCAGGAGAUGUAAUGCUUAAAACCUUAGAAAGGUUUACAAAUACAUCAAAAGUACUUAAAGAAUAUGUCUUAAAUAAAAUGAAAUUUUAUAAUGAACGUAUGCAAAAUAGUCUUUAUUCAGCUACCAAAAAACAAAUUGGCGAAUGUGAUGAACCAAAAGUUAUUUAUAAUAUAUAUAAUUUGAUUACUAAAAUUAUUUCUGCCCCUAUUGCAAAUAUUUUUGUUGGUGAAGAGAUAUCACAAUAUGAGGAAAUAAUAACUACAUUUGCGGAAUUUACAAGUGAUUCAGCAAUAUUUUUAAUGAUCCCACCAAUCCUCGAUUUUAUUUAUCCAGGACUUCAAAAUUAUAUCAACCGUAUUAUUUUAAGAUUAGGAUUAUAUAAUCCGGCAGUUAAACACCAAAAUAUAUUAAUUAAACAUCUUAAGAAACAAAUUUGCAAACGUUUACAAGAUAAAGAAAAAAAUGGUGAAUCUUGGAAACGGCCUGAUGAUUUUCUUCAAGAUACUAUGGAAGAAGAAGAUUUUGAUCCUAAUAAUGUUGAUUAUCCAUUUAUAGCAGAUAAGUUAGGCGUAUUCAUUUUUGUAUCAAUUCAUUCAACAUCGAGUACCUGUGCAAAUGCUAUUAUUGAUUUAGCAUCUCGACCUGAAUAUAUGCAAGAAUUAUAUGAAGAACAAUUAGAAGUUCAUAAAGAAGCAGAUGAAAAUGGUAUACUUCCUUUUGAAGCUCUUAAUAAUAUGAAGAAAUUAGAUAGUUUUAUUAGAGAAUCAUUAAGGUUAACAGGAUUUAUAACGGGACUUCAACACGCUAUAUUAAAAGAUUAUACAUUCUCUAAUGGAUUACAAGUACCGGAAGAUUAUUUAAUUGAUCUUUAUUUUGAUGAUAUUUAUGUAGAUGAAUCAUUACAAGGACCAAAUCCAAAAUCAUUUGAACCAUUUAGACAUUUAGAUGCAAAUGUUCCAGCAUCAAAAGUAACUAGAAAUUAUUUAGCAUUUGGAGGUGGUAAACAUGCAUGUCCUGGAAGACAAUUUGCUAUAAACGAAAUUAAAUUUUUUAUGCAUUACGCUAUUUUGAAAUAUAAUUUCCGUACAGAAAGUGGUAAAAUCGAAGAAAAAACGAGGCUUGGUCCAAUGACAUCCCCAAGUUCUUGCGGAGUUGUUUUUGAAAAGAGAAAUAAGUGAAUUUUAAGCUAUUGAUUUUUUUUUUCCAAGUUCAAUGUAUUUUCAUAUUAGAACUUUAACAUAUAGUACAAAUAAAAUAGUUAUAAAUUGAUUCACAUUAUAAACUAUACGAAAUUCUGACAAAUAAAAAUUUAUAAAAUUUAUUUACCAUAA